CCCCAACGUCCAAACCUAACGGAACGGAUCGGCGAAUCCCAUCAAGAUAACUCUCCCACAUCCUCGGCGCGAGACGUGAACGAAACGUCCCAAGCCUACCGCCGCCGCGAGGAUCUCUCGAAUCGCGCAACUCACAGCAGAGGGAGAGGAAGAAGCCGAGCGCCAUGGACGCCCUCGUCUGCACCAACGCCUUCGCCACCGCCAUCGCCGCCGGCAGGUUUCCCCUCCCGCGAGGCCGCUCGCCCCCGUACGCCGCGGCAGCCGUCCCCGCCCUCCGCUCCCGCCGCUGCCUCCCGACUCGAGGGCUGCUACGCCUGCGCUGCGCCAGGGGGGUGGAUUGGACUGAUCCGUCGUUCGUGGCAGUCGCGGAGAAGCCCGACGCGGGGGCGGAGGCAUGGAAGGCGCUCGCAUCCGCGGGCGGCGGUGGCAUCGAGGAGGAGGAGGAUGGCCCGUUUGAGGCGAUCAACGGUGAUGGAGGAUACUCGGUGGAGGAGUCUGUGGUCUUGCCGCCAUUCGAGCAGAGCUUGGUGGCGGCGGUGGCGGACAGUGUCGAGGACGAUGCGCUCAGUCAGGCGCUCAGCUCUAAGUUGGAUUUCAAGGAGACGUCUACUUUUGUCAUGUAUGGCAGUGGUGCUUUCAUUGCCGGAUGGAUUUUGUCUGCUGUUGUUUCAGCAAUUGAUUCCAUUCCCUUGUUCCCAAAGAUACUGCAAAUUGUAGGCCUUGGCUACACAAUUUGGUUCAGCACACGGUAUCUUCUUUUCAAGGAAAACAGAGAUGAACUGUUUGUUAAAGUUGAUGAUCUCAAAAGGAAAAUUACUGGGUAUGGUGAUGAAUAAUGUGUUAGAAUGAGGCUGGACUUUAGUUUCGUCUUGUGUUUAGUUAGAUUUUUUUUAUCAUGCUACAAAAUUGCAAUGCCUGUGCAAUUAUAUGUAUUGUUAUCGGCUAUUUGUAAUGAAUGAAUAUUCUUUGCCAACAAAUCGAGCAGUCAUCUGCUGUUUUGAAUAGUGAAA